UCUCCACCAUCAUCUCUUCGAAAUGUGUUGACUCUGAUUGCCAUGUUGCUAAUCUCUCAGUACCAUUCAUGAUCAUGACCCCCCCCUCAAGUAAGUAAGCCAGUACUCACAUACUCACAUACCCACCUACUUUGACCUUCACUUUCGAGUUAUGUUGGAGCUCAAGUUUCAGUAAGGAAAGCGACACGACGCUUUGUUCGAUCCUAGAUAAAGAGCCUUCAUUUUGUAAGAAACUGAAGAACAAGAGAAGUAAAGUAUCUGGCAUAUAGCUUUGGUAUCGAGCUGCACCGUAAAUAGAAAACCAAAAAUACCAAUCCCGACAGUACUACGCCAAAGACAACAACUCACGAUCAUAAUGGGCAGCAUUGACAAAAUGUCGUCAUCCACUAAGCCACCGGGGAAUAGCAGCUCGACUAAAAAGUCCAAAAAAGCCGCCGACGAGAAGCAGAACGCCCUUGUCAUUGGCAACGGCAUCAUCGGCUUAACCACCGCCCAGGAACUCUCCAAACACGGUUUCAAUGUCACGAUUGUGACAAACCAGAAAGAACCCUACCCGAGUAAAACGGAUCCGAAGAAGUUGAUGGAGUUGGACUCGCUGUCCGCUCUGGCGGGGGGUUGGUGGUACCCGUACUCGACAAAUUUGGACGGGGGGUCGUUAGCUGUCGACCCAGUCAGGCAGAAACAGUACGACUUGAAAGUGACAAAUUGGGCCAUCGCGACGUUGGAAAAGUAUUUGGAACAGGAACAGUUUUUCACCGCGCAGAACGAUGGGGAGAGUGACAAUAAAACUGGCGCUACUAGCAGUACUUCUGCGAGCAGAGCAAGCUUCUCCGAGUCUAGGAACAGCACGACGUCCACUUCUGCCUCAGCGUCGCAGCAAAACGUCUCGAUGGUUGAUUUAUUGGAUAACACCAAAGCGAUCCAAGAUGCCGCUUCUCUGGGGCAGCAUGUGGAGGAGGUCCCUUCUUUGAUUCUCCGUUCCGGGGAGGAUUUUAAGAAUAAAGAAGAGGAAGAAGCGUCCAUACCGAACUGGAGUGGCACCAGGCGGGAUUUGCACAAAUGGACCCGGACCGAUCGGUCCGGUGCGGAAGCACUACUGUUCGAGUACUUCCGGAAAAAAGCGGCGAAGUGGGACCGGAUGCUGGGGAAGCAGGAGAAGGAAAUGGUCAAGGCCGGGUUGAUCGCGAAGUUAGAAGAUCGGCCGAAGUUGGUCUCGCUGGAGAAACUCCGGGAGGAGCGAACCGCGGCGAAGGAGCAGGAACAGUUGCAGAAAGCAUUGGCGGAGCAGGAGAAAAAGCGGCUGGAAAGGGAAGCUCGGGAGAAGGCGGAAGAGGAAAAAGCGAUGAACCCAUUUAAGAUAUCAACUCGGCAGCCGAGUGACGAAGGUGAAGAGAUAAACGCAGGAGAUGAUACAACUGCAGCUCCCGAGUCGACGAGUGGUAAUAAUUCCAAAUUGGCCGACCAAGAUGAAGAUCCGCUUGCGGGUGCUGGGACCUCGGUUUCGCCCAAAUCUAGAAGGUCGUCGAAAUCCUCCUCAAAGCACAAAAAUUCGACAUCUCCAGGCGAAGACUUCAUGCGAAAAAUGAAGUCCAAAAUCGGUGACAACACCGGAGGCGAAGUAGAAGGAGGCUCCUCACCAAAAUUACAACUCCCCGGCGCCCAGAAGGAGGAGGAAGAGCGGGUAAACAUCCGCACACUGUCUAUCGAGUACGAGAAGUUUCUUCCGGAGCUGCCCGGCGGGUUUUUUAACGCUGAUUUUUUCCUGUCCGUCGUUUGCGACAGUCCUCUGUACCUGCACGCGAUGGAAAAAAUUUUGAAGAAAACGCAGGUCCGUUUUUGCUACAACAGGCCACUCAACAACCUUCAGGAAGUGAUGGAGUUUGUCAUGAAUAUCCUGUGCAAAAGUAUCGUACUCGUAGUAAUCGCAGUCAUGCAAUACAAAUUUUUAUCUCAAAGUAAAACAGCAUCACAAAUUCCAUUUGUCAUGCGGAGCUAAUUUGUAAUGCGAUUACUACUAGUACGAUACUUUUGCAAUGCAUAAUGAAGACCGGAAAGCCAAUCGGCGCUUUGGACAUGAUAUGCAGUGCAAAAGCAUCGUACUCGUAUAAAUGCAUUACAAAUUUUCUCAGCAUGAGAAAUAAAAUUUGUAAUGCGGAUCUUGCUUAAGAAAAAAGAUUUGUAAUGCAUGAUUGCAACACGAGUACGAUACUUUUGCAAUGCAUACAUGAAGCCGCCGUAUUUCGAUGUGGUGGUGAAUUGCUGUGGGUUGUACGGUAUGAACUGCAAAAGUACUUAAAAGUAUCGUACUCGUCGUAGUACAAUUGCAAUACAGAUCUAUUUCUUGAGGUAAAUCCGCAUUACAAAUUUUAUUUCUCAUGCUGAGAAAAUUUGUCAUGCAUUUAUGCGAGUGCGAUACUUUUGGUUUCAUAUACGGUGGCGAUCUGAAGAUGGAUCAAGAGGAAGACGAGGAAGUCGAGAGUGUCAGUUCCGUAAUCAAGUCGCCCGGAACAAAUAACAAAAAAGAUAAAGACGAAGAUCAAGAUGAUUUAUUCGACGCGAUGGCCCUCGGCGAGCCUUUAGCCGGCAUGACAAAAAAUUCCGCGAAAGACGAGGAGAAAGAAAAGCAGAAGCUCAACAUCCACCCGAAAACUGGGGAGCCGAAAGAGGUGCUGUCCGCCUACGGCGGCAUUGCCGUGUUUCAGCGCCUAUGCAAUGCAAAAGCAUCGUACUCGUAUAAAUGCAUUACAAAUUUCCUCUGCAUGAGACAUGAAAUUUGCAAUGCGGAUUUACCUUGAUAAAGAAAUUACUAUUGAAACUGCAGCAACUAGCCAAAAUUGGCAUUCCUACCCUGGUUCCAGGGUAGGUUCCAGGGUAGGGCUCCGGGGUAGGUAACACGAGGGGACAGUGGAUUUAAGAGGGGGAGGGGUACAGCCUACCCAGGAACCGACCCAGGAACCGACUCAACCCGACUCCUCAGCCGACCGAUACAGCUCGGGGAAAAAAACAAACACGAGCUGUGGAGUCGGGUAAAGAGUCGGGUAAAAGUCGGGCCCAGGGUAGGUUUUGAGUCGGGUAAAGUCGGGUAAAUAGCUCGGGAAAGGCAAAGCGAUCUUACCCGACUCCAGCCGAUGCGAUAUCCUUUGCCGAUGUGUGUGGGUCUGGAAGAGGCCAAGUCUGUCGCGCAUACUUUGCGUGAUCCACUAUAAUGCAAGCCAUUUGAAGCCGGCGCCAGGUUUUUGCCGCUUUCCCGCAUGGGGGCACGGAGCAAAGCCACGUCAAAAAGCUGCGCGCGUGGCUUUUUGGAAGCAAGCGAAGCCGACGCCCAUGCUUUGGCGCUUUUCCGCAUGGGGCACCGGAAAGCUUUGCGGCUGGCUUUCUACCAGCUAGCGAAGCCGCCGCCAGAUUUUUGCCGCUUUCCCGCAUGGGGGCACGGAGCAAAACCACGCCACAAAGCGCCGCGGCUGGCAUAAUUUUGGACGGGGGCACCAUGUAGGGCGCGUGGGAACUGGCACGGGGACACGGAGCAAAGCCGCGGCAAGAAUUUUCCCAGAAUUGGGCGAAGGUGGUGCCCGGUUUCUCGCGCAAAUCGGCACGGGGACACGAAGCAAAACCGUGGCCAGAAGCUGCCCCGAACGGACACAAUAGGGCGAAGGCGGUGCCCGGCUUCUCGCGCAAACUGGCGCGGGGACACGGAGCAAAGCCGCGGCCAGAAUCGCGCUCGCCGCACUGGCACACGGAGCAAAACCGCACCCCCCCCAGAAUUGGGCGAGGGCGGUGCCCGGUGGCUCGCGCAAACUGGCACGGGGACACGGAGCAAAGCCGCGGCCAGAACCGCGUCCGCCGCACUGGCACACGGAGCAAGGCCGCCCCGCCCCCCCCCAGAAUUGGGCGAGGGCGGUGCCCGGUGUCUCGCGCAAACUGGCACGGGGACACGGAGCAAAGCCGCGGCCAGAGCCGCACGCUCCCGCCGCACUGGCACACGGAGCGAGACCGCCCCUCCCCAGAAUUGGAUGGGCGAGGGCGGUGCCCGGUUUCUCGCGCAAACUAGCACGGGGACCCUCCCGGAGCAAAGUCGCGGCCAGAGGCUCCCCCGAAUUCACUGGGCGAAGGUGGUGCCCGGCUUCUCGCGCAAACUAGCAUGGGGACGCGGUGCAAAGGCGCGGCCAGAAGCUUCCCGAAAUUGGGCGAAGACGGUGCCCGGGCUCUCGCGCAAACUGGCACGGGGACCCGGAGCAAAGUCGCGGCCAGAAGCUUCCCGGAGCCAACGAAUUCACUGGGCGAAGGUGGUGCCCGGUCUCUCGCGCAAACUAGCAUGGGGACCCGGAGCAAAGUCGCGGCCAGAAGCUUCCCAGAAUUCAUGGGGCGAAGGUGGUGCCCGGUUUCUCGCGCAAACUAGCACGGAGGCCCGGGGCAAAGGCGCGGCCAGAAGCUUCCCGGAACUGAGCGAAGGCGGUGCCUGGGUUCUCGCGCAAACUGGCAUGGGGACCCGGAGCAAAGUCAAGGCCAGAAGCUUCCCGGACGUGACUCAUUCGGCGAAGGUGGUGCCCGGUUUCUCGCGCAAAGUAGCAUGUGGACCCGGGGCAAAGUCGCGGCCAGAAGCUUCCCAGAAUUCACUGGGCGAAGGUGUUGCCCGGUUUCUCGCGCAAACUAGCAGGGGGACCCGGAGCAAAGGCGCGGCCGGAAGCGUCCCGGAAUUGGGCGGAGAUGGUGCCCGGGUUCUCGCGCAAACUGGCACGGGGACCCGGAGCAAAGUCAUGGCCAGGGGCUUCCCCGAAUUCACUGGGCGAAGGCGGUGCCCGGUUUCUCGCGCAAACUAGCAUGGUGCCCCGGAGCAAAGUCGCGGCCAGAAGCUUUCCAGAAUUCAUUGGGCGGAGGUGGUGCCCGGUUUCUCGCGCAAACUAGCAUGGGGACCUGGAGCAAAGGCGCGGCCAGAAGCUUCCCGGAAUAAAUUGGGCGAAGACGGUGCCCGGGUUCUCGCGCAAACUGGCAUGGGGACCCGGAGCAAAGUCACGGCCACAAGCUUCCCAGAAUUCACUGGGCGAAGGUGGUGCCCGGUUUCUCGCGCAAACUAGCAGGGGGACCCGGAGCAAAGUCGCGGCCAGAAGCUUCCCAGAAUUCAUUGGGCGAAGGUGGUGCCCGGUUUCUCGCGCGAACUAGCAUGGGGACCCGGAGCAAAGGCGCGGCCAGAAGCCUCCCGGAAUUGGGCAAACAAAGGCGGCGCCCCGGUUCUCGCGCAAAUUGGCAUGGGGACCCGGAGCAAAGUCACGGCCAGAAGCUUCCCAGGGUGAAUGAAUUCACUGGGCGAAGGUGGUGCCCGGCUUCUCGCGCGAACUAGCACGGGGACCCGGAGCAAAGUCGCGGCCAUAAGCUACACAAGUGAAAUAUGCCCCCGCCCCCGGAAGUCAGCAAGUCUUGGGUGCUUAGGUAGCACCCCAUCUGGUGCUUAGGAAGCACCCCGCCUUGUAUUAUUUGGCACCCGGAUGGUCUCUGAAUGAUGGACCAGCUGAGACUCUUACGUCGUACGUAGAACUCCUAGGAACUUCGGUUCAAAGUGUUGGCGUUGAUCUCCAGACUCAUGGGACUCUGCUGGGUCAAGCUCAAGUGUCUGAGUACGACUGUAAUUAAGAGCAAUAGCAUUGCAGCUGGCUGAUCGCGAGCAAGUAAUAAAUAGCGUUAGCUAGUAGAAGCACCGCCCCGAUCUAGAGGAUGUCUGAAUAUUGAAGGAUCGCCAGCGCGCAAGCUUCGAGCUUUUGGCGCGGUCAUGCACAGAAACAAAAUCUGGGAAAAGCUCGACAGGGGGGUCCAGUCAUGGGCCGGCGAAUGCGGGCGAUCCGGGUGUCACAUAGACACCCGAUCUGCCGGAAUCCGGCGGCGCAGAAGAAGCCGACUUUGUGGCUGCCACAUCGGGGCUGUAGCCCGUGGAUUCCCUUCAGAAAAGCGGCGAUCUUUUCUUUGGGGCGCCAGAUCCCGGCAGAUCGGGUGUCUAUGUGACACCCGGAUCGGCGGACUUGCCGCAUCGGGCGAGUGCAACGCCCACCCUGUGGCGCCUGCAUGCAAAGACCCAACGCGCUUGCUGCAAAAUGUCACAAGUGGAGCGCUCGCAUGCCUACGAUACCACGGCGCUCAGGGUGUGAAGUAGGCUCAUCGCCGGCAUGGAUCGUCUUUGCUACCUGGGCAGAUGGUCAUCAUCCCAUGAGCUUGAGGUCGCGCAGCAGACUCCGACGAGUCUGCAGAUCGACUGCAGCUCCUUCGUCAGCAUUUUGAACAGAAGUCCCUAGGAGUUCUGCGACAUAAGAGUCUCAGCUGGUCCAUCAUUCAGAGACCAUCCGGAGCCCGACACUUGUUGGGUGCCAAAUAAUGCAAGAUGGGGUGCUUCCUAAGCACCAGAUGGGGUGCUACCUAAGCACCCCAGAGUUGGUGACUUCCGGGGGCGGGGGCAUAUUUCACUUGUGUAUAAGCUUCCCGGAAUUCACUGGGCGAAGGUGGUGCCCGGUUUCUCGCGCAAACUAGCACGGGGACCCGGAGCAAAGGCGCGGCCAGAAGCUUCCCGGAAUUGGGCGAAGACGGUGCCCGGGUCCUCGCGCAAACUGGCAUGGGGACCGACCCGGAGCAAAGUCACGGCCAGAAGCUUCCCAGAAGUCAUUGGGCGAAGGUGGUGCCCGGUUUCUCGCGCAAACUAGCAGGGGGGCCCGGCGCAAAGUCGCGGCCAGAAGCUUCCCAGAAUUCAAUGGGUGAAGGUGGUGCCCGGCUUCUCGCGCAAACCAGCAUGGGGACCCGGAGCAAAGGCGCGGCCAGAAGCUUCCCGGAAUUGGGCGAAGGCGGUGCCCGGGUUCUCGCGCAAACUAGCAUGGGGACCCGGAGCAAAGUCGCGGCCAGAAGCUUCCCGGAACGAAUUCACUGGGCGAAGGUGGUGCCCGGUCUCUCGCGCAAACUAGCAUGGGGACCCGGAGCAAAGUCGCGGCCAGAAGCUUCCCAGAAUUCAUGGGGCGAAGCAAUAUGGUGGGGGCGAGAGGCAUGUAUGAGUUUUGCGAUGUAUUGGCGGAAAUACAUCGCAAAGCUCAUACAUCAUACAUGGAAGAUUUGAGGAGAGCGACCUUCCUCACUUUCGUACAUUAUUUAUACAUCAUACAUUGUACAUCAUACAUCGCAAACUCUCCGCUGUAGGUACCUCAUACAUCAUACAUCGCAACUUCUCCGCUGUAGGUACCUCAUACGUCAUACAUCAUACACCGCAAGUUCUCCGCUCUGGGUACCUCAUACAUUGUACAUCAUACAUCAUACAUUGUACAUGGUGCAUCCUGCUUGGUACGUUGUACAUCGUAUAUUGUACAUUGUACAUCGUACAUCGACCACAGCUCGGCAGAGGCCCGGACGUCGAGCAGUUGCAACAGCUCGACGCGGCUGCUCCAACAGCUUGGCAUGGCCUCGCUUGUCGAGCUGUUUGAACAGCUCGACAACAGCCCGACAUGGACCCGGAUGUCGAGCUGUUGGAACAGCUCGACAACGGCUCGACAUGAUGGACCCGGAUGUCGACAGCUCGACAUGGACCCGGAUGUCGAGCUGUUCGAGCAGCUCGACAACAGCUCGACACGGGCUCGGAUGUAGAGCUGUUUGAACAGCUCGACAACAGCUCAACAUGGGCCCGGAUGUCGAGCUGUUUCAACAGCUCGACAACAGCUCGGCAGAGGCCCGGAUGUCGAGCUGUUGCAACAGCUCGACACGGCUGCCCCACCAGCUCGACAUGGACCCGGGUAUCGAGCUGUUGGAACAGCUCGACAACGGCUCGACAUGGGCCCGGAUGUCGAGCUGCUCGAACAGCUCGACGACCUACAAUGUACAAUGUACGAUGUACCAUGUCCAAUACAUCAAUGUACAUAAUGCACAAUGCACCAAUGUACAAUGUAUCAUACAUCGUACAUCAUACACUGGACCAUGUACAAUGUACGAUGUGCCAUGUAUGAUACAUUGAUGUAUUGCACCUCAUACGUUGUACAUGGGAACCGUCGCGCUCUCCUCAAAUCUUCCAUGUGUGAUGUAUGAGCUUUGCGAUGUAUUUCCGCCAAUACAUCGCAAAACUCAUACAUGCCUCUCGCCCCCACCAUACCCGAAUUCACUGGGCGAAGGUGUUGCCCGGUUUCUCGCGCAAACUAGCAGGGGGACCCGGAGCAAUGGCGCGGCUAGAAGCUUCCCGGAAUUGGGCGAAGACGGUGCCCGGGUUCUCGCGCAAACUGGCAUGGGGGCCGGCCGGGAGCAAAGCCACGGCCAGGAGCUUGCUCCCCAGAAUUCACUGGGCGCAGGCGGUGCCCGGUUUCUCGCGCAAACUAGCAUGGGGACCCGGAGCAAAGUCGCGGCCAGAAGCUUCCCAGAAUUCAUUGGGCGAAGGUGGUUCCCGGUUUCUCGCGCAAACUAGCAUGGGGACCCGGAGCAAAGGCGCGGCCAGAAGCGUCCCGGAAUUGGGCGAAGACGGUGCCCGGGCUCUCGCGCAAACUGGCAUGGGGACCCGGAGCAAAGUCGCGGCCCGAAGCUUCCCAGAAUUCACUGGGCGAAGGAGGUUCCCGGUUUCUCGCGCAAACUAGCAUGGGGACCCGGAGCAAAGUCGCGGCCAGAAGCUUCCCAGAAUUCAUGGGGCGAAGGUGGUGCCCGGUUUCUCGCGCAAACUAGCACGGAGGCCCGGGGCAAAGGCGCGGCCAGAAGCUUCCCGGAACUGAGCGAAGGCGGUGCCUGGGUUCUCGCGCAAACUGGCAUGGGGACCCGGAGCAAAGUCAAGGCCAGAAGCUUCCCGGACGUGACUCAUUCGGCGAAGGUGGUGCCCGGUUUCUCGCGCAAAGUAGCAUGUGGACCCGGGGCAAAGUCGCGGCCAGAAGCUUCCCAGAAUUCACUGGGCGAAGGUGUUGCCCGGUUUCUCGCGCAAACUAGCAGGGGGACCCGGAGCAAAGGCGCGGCCGGAAGCGUCCCGGAAUUGGGCGGAGAUGGUGCCCGGGUUCUCGCGCAAACUGGCACGGGGACCCGGAGCAAAGUCAUGGCCAGGGGCUUCCCCGAAUUCACUGGGCGAAGGCGGUGCCCGGUUUCUCGCGCAAACUAGCAUGGUGCCCCGGAGCAAAGUCGCGGCCAGAAGCUUUCCAGAAUUCAUUGGGCGGAGGUGGUGCCCGGUUUCUCGCGCAAACUAGCAUGGGGACCUGGAGCAAAGGCGCGGCCAGAAGCUUCCCGGAAUAAAUUGGGCGAAGACGGUGCCCGGGUUCUCGCGCAAACUGGCAUGGGGACCCGGAGCAAAGUCACGGCCACAAGCUUCCCAGAAUUCACUGGGCGAAGGUGGUGCCCGGUUUCUCGCGCAAACUAGCAGGGGGACCCGGAGCAAAGUCGCGGCCAGAAGCUUCCCAGAAUUCAUUGGGCGAAGGUGGUGCCCGGUUUCUCGCGCGAACUAGCAUGGGGACCCGGAGCAAAGGCGCGGCCAGAAGCCUCCCGGAAUUGGGCAAACAAAGGCGGCGCCCCGGUUCUCGCGCAAAUUGGCAUGGGGACCCGGAGCAAAGUCACGGCCAGAAGCUUCCCAGGGUGAAUGAAUUCACUGGGCGAAGGUGGUGCCCGGCUUCUCGCGCGAACUAGCACGGGGACCCGGAGCAAAGUCGCGGCCAUAAGCUACACAAGUGAAAUAUGCCCCCGCCCCCGGAAGUCAGCAAGUCUUGGGUGCUUAGGUAGCACCCCAUCUGGUGCUUAGGAAGCACCCCGCCUUGUAUUAUUUGGCACCCGGAUGGUCUCUGAAUGAUGGACCAGCUGAGACUCUUACGUCGUACGUAGAACUCCUAGGAACUUCGGUUCAAAGUGUUGGCGUUGAUCUCCAGACUCAUGGGACUCUGCUGGGUCAAGCUCAAGUGUCUGAGUACGACUGUAAUUAAGAGCAAUAGCAUUGCAGCUGGCUGAUCGCGAGCAAGUAAUAAAUAGCGUUAGCUAGUAGAAGCACCGCCCCGAUCUAGAGGAUGUCUGAAUAUUGAAGGAUCGCCAGCGCGCAAGCUUCGAGCUUUUGGCGCGGUCAUGCACAGAAACAAAAUCUGGGAAAAGCUCGACAGGGGGGUCCAGUCAUGGGCCGGCGAAUGCGGGCGAUCCGGGUGUCACAUAGACACCCGAUCUGCCGGAAUCCGGCGGCGCAGAAGAAGCCGACUUUGUGGCUGCCACAUCGGGGCUGUAGCCCGUGGAUUCCCUUCAGAAAAGCGGCGAUCUUUUCUUUGGGGCGCCAGAUCCCGGCAGAUCGGGUGUCUAUGUGACACCCGGAUCGGCGGACUUGCCGCAUCGGGCGAGUGCAACGCCCACCCUGUGGCGCCUGCAUGCAAAGACCCAACGCGCUUGCUGCAAAAUGUCACAAGUGGAGCGCUCGCAUGCCUACGAUACCACGGCGCUCAGGGUGUGAAGUAGGCUCAUCGCCGGCAUGGAUCGUCUUUGCUACCUGGGCAGAUGGUCAUCAUCCCAUGAGCUUGAGGUCGCGCAGCAGACUCCGACGAGUCUGCAGAUCGACUGCAGCUCCUUCGUCAGCAUUUUGAACAGAAGUCCCUAGGAGUUCUGCGACAUAAGAGUCUCAGCUGGUCCAUCAUUCAGAGACCAUCCGGAGCCCGACACUUGUUGGGUGCCAAAUAAUGCAAGAUGGGGUGCUUCCUAAGCACCAGAUGGGGUGCUACCUAAGCACCCCAGAGUUGGUGACUUCCGGGGGCGGGGGCAUAUUUCACUUGUGUAUAAGCUUCCCGGAAUUCACUGGGCGAAGGUGGUGCCCGGUUUCUCGCGCAAACUAGCACGGGGACCCGGAGCAAAGGCGCGGCCAGAAGCUUCCCGGAAUUGGGCGAAGACGGUGCCCGGGUUCUCGCGCGAGCUGGCAUGGGGACCCGGGGCAAAGUCACGCGCAGAAGCUUCCCAGAAUUGGGCGUGCCGCCGGCUUUUAGAAGUUAGGCCGCCCGCCAAGCGCUUCUCUCCUACCUGAAGUAGGGCCGCCAGGCAGCGGCGCCCAAUGGCCCGGGGCCGAUUUCCAAACGCCUGCCAUCAGCCUGCAGGCCGGUGUCGGAGUCCUGCAAGUGGAAGCGAACGCGCCACCCCUCGGGCGCCCAUCGGGGCGCCCUAUGUUGUAGCCCGCUGGGGAUGGCGCGGCACUGGCCAUUCCUCUACUUCGCGACGCGCGUCCCCGUUGCGGUUGCGUUCGAAUGUCGCGAGGAGCAAGCCCGCACGGCCUCGGAAACCGCUCCGACCGCCCAAUGCCCUCCAAAGAUGCAAGGUCUCUGCACGGGGGCCCCAGCCCCCGUGCUCGGACCUUGUUUGUAAUGCAUGAUUGCAAUUCCUACGAGUGCGAUACUUUUGCACAGCAUAGCGCCCGAACGGGUUGAAAAUUCGGAACAAGAAGCGGUACCCGCCAAACGUAUCCAUAAAGCUCUCCGCGCACGACGGUCUGGUCGGGCGAAAGCACAUGUUGUCCUCCACCUUCCCUGCCUACGUGAUCCCCCGCGGGGAAUUCUUGAUAGUGGGCGGGAGUUGCAUGCUCGAGGGAGAACACGACGCGGAGAUCCCGGCGUAUUACUACGAGAAAUUGUCGAAGUGGGAGAAGUAUGGAUUGCAAAAGUAGAUUCUUCGUAUUAAUACGUGGUAAAUGCAUAACAAAUUUGCUCAGCAUGACCACGGAUGAAAUUUGUCAUGGUGAAUUGCCUACGGCUCCAGUUUUGCUUUUGUCAUGCGUGAUUGCAAUUACCACGAGCCCAUAGAAGAUAUUGCUUUUGCACAUUAUAAAAGAGGGUUGGGCACGCUGAAACUCGCGACUUCGGAGCAAGACCGGUUGAACCACGUGUGGAAGGAUUUUUUGCCCACGGUGUCAAAUAUGAAAGUGCACAACUCCCCCUGCCUCCCCCUCAUUUGUAUUGCAUGAAGAGCACGACGACAAGCGUCAGCAAGAAUACAGGUUUUGCAUGACAAAUUUGGAGAGGAAUGUAGUGCUGCUUGGGCUGCCAGAAGUUGUAAUGCAAACAGUGCCAAGAGCCAAGGCGUAAAUCUAAGGCAUUUUGCAUGACAAAUGAGGGGGAGGGGGAGUUGUGCACUGUCAUAUCAAAUAGGAAAUACCCAGAAGAGAAAUCCGGCAACGCGCCGUUGUUCCACAAAAUUGGAAGAAGACCGAUUCGGGAGGAGGGGGUGUUGUGUGCGGUGGACGAGAAUUUGAGCUACAGCCUCGCAUUGGAGUAUGACAUUGGGAACAAUGUGGCCACCGGGGGCGGGACGACUAAAAAGCCGUUGCAGCUACCGUUUGUUUGGGCGGACAACUACGGGCACGGGGGUGCGGGGUGGACUCUGGCGUGGGGGUGCGCGCAAGACAUCGGGGUGCAGAUUGUCAAGAAAUUGGCCGCGGGACACUGAGGAAGGAACAAUUUGAAGGGAAAAACAGCUUGCCAGCGCAAGAGGCGGAAUGACUUCAUCGAACAAAAAUAUCAGUCUGUUUGGACUGCAUGACGGGUGCCAUGCUAUUGAAGUCAAUAUUUAUAGCAGGUUGAUUCCUCGUCUUCAAGUUCAACAUGAUUCUCGAACAAAAAUUACAAAUACUAAAGUUUGCUGUGGC